GGGGGGGGGUUUAUAUGUUUUCCAUGCGGCUCUUAAUACCCAUUUCGUCUUCCCGCUACCUGCGAGGCCUGCCGGACAUCGUCUGUCUGAAUGAGGGUGCGGGGGUGCGGGCAUAUAGGAUAGCCAGGAGGAAAGAGCUCAUCCCACCUUGCGUGUUGCGCCCCGCCCUUUUUCCAUCCCCAUCGCACCACCCUAGGACCCCUGGACAUCGUUCGUCUGAUGGUACCACUUCCUCAUCCUGCAGCUCAUCUUGACUUCUAGCAUGCAUCCUUUCCUUUUUUCCUUAUCCCGCUUAUGCCUGGUCAGGUCAAGCCCUACCACCCACCACCCCCACCAACCCUUCACCCCUCCCCCCCGCGCCGGGGUUUUCCCACUUAUUGGCACUAUUGGCCCGCCAUAAGCAAGCGUACCACCAACAUUCGCUCCACCUUUCCCCGUGUGCAUUAUUUACAUCUCGCCCGCCCGCCCCUUCCUGGCAAGCGAACCAUCACUCUGACCUACCAUCAACCCGGGCUCUAUAGAUUCUAUCACCAUUUUCCCUUCCACCUUCUACCUUCCGCCUUUCCUAACGCGAGUACAACCACCGCCAAUAUUGAAUUGAAGCGGCCAUCCCACAACACAACCAGCUCAGCGUGUAGCGUGGAUAUGUCAUGAGCGUCCCGAGUCGAUAUCUGCAAAACCUGAUGGACUCAGCCUCGUGCUUUCCGUCAACUUGGUCAUCGUCUCGCCUUUAUUCUGAAGCGGGAGGGGUUAUGCUUUUCCUUUCUCCUUGGCUUGUAGGUUAAAUGCGUUCGUUGUUCGUCGAGGGUGGAUGAGCGCUCCUGACUGUCGAGUGAAUGAAUAUUCAUUGUUGCAUAUAUUCCGCUGGAUUCUCGCGCUUAUCCUUACGGGGUUUCCUUUUGGUCUCAUGUUUUGUUCUCACGGCCAUCCUACAUAGGUACUGAGAUUCUCUUCGAAAACUACGAAUGAUCAGGCUGAUAGGAAAGACGUAUAUCAGGAAAUCUGGAGCAAAAUCUCAUGUAUAGUGACCGUAGCACCUUCUGGUUAUCCUUAACCAUUAUCGUUGUAAUGUCUUGUCAUCUAGUCUCUAGCAUGCUCUAUCUGUCGUCUACAUUUGUAAAAUGCACCUGUAUAAUUAUAUAUCAUAGAAGUAUAAGGAAAGGAAGAGCAUGCGAAUGUAAGCUAUAAUAUAUAUUGAAGCAAUUAACACUCAAC